ACAACAGCUGAACCCACUGAAGCCCCUGAGACAACAGCUGAACCCACUGAAGCCCCUGAGACAACAGCUGAACCCACUCAAGUCCCAGAGACGACGGAGGGACCAAACAGGAUACUAGAGUACAACUUCCAGUCCAGUGUCCAGGGCUGGACGCUGAGCCAGAUGAACGGGGCCGCCUGGAAGAGGGUCGAGUUCGAGGGCGCCAGCCACCAAGUUUCGCCUCCCCCUGAAGGUCCCUGGGUUCUGCAGGUCUUCCCUGAACACAUCUUCGCAGGAACCGCCCUCGCUCAGAGCCCAAAACUCAGGGCUAUCGGAAGCUCACUGACCGUCGACCUCACCUUCUGGAUGGACGGGACGAAAGACCUCCCCACCAAGUUGAAAGCUAGACGAUGCAGUACCUUUGACGUCGAACCAAUUAUGAACCUUGAUCCGUACGGAAACCAGAUGAACUACGAAUGGGUUAUGUUCAGGGCCUCCAUCCACGAUCUGGUCCCUGGAGAAACAUUUACAAUCACUCUAGAGGGCUCCCUGGGCGGCAACCCCAACAACUCGGUGGCCAUCAACAAGGUCGUCCUGGAUGGCGUCGAGGAAAUCCCAACAGACACUACCGAAUUCAUUGACUUCGAAGGUGGUCUGUUCGGUUGGUCUGCGGGCAACAUGGACGGUGGACGUUGGGUUCUCAAGUGCUGGGCCGACCUUGACCCCUCCUUGAACGUCCCACAGCCUUCUGACGGCAAGAACUUCCUCUUCGUGGACCGCUUUGACAUCCACUCAGGUGUUAUUUCGCUGGAAUCCCCUGCUUUCACCGUGUCUCCCGGACAACGGAAGAAAGUCGUCGUGACAUUUUGGCUUCGAGGCUCCGUCGUCUACCCUGCAGUUCUUAGGCUACGGAAGAAGACUGUCAACGGUAUUUACGACGACCUCCCCUUCCUCAACCUCGCUCAGUACGGCGACAUCGACAACCCAGACUGGAUUCAGCUGAACAGGGAGUAUGAGAUCCCUGUCGACGAGACUGAAGAAGCAUUCCAGCUGGUGAUCGAGGCUGACCUGGGCAGUGACGCGGGCAACAUGGCGGCUCUCGAUGACCUGAAAAUCAUCACAGAAUACAUCACGCCCUAGAGAUGGGCUGAGUGGCGGAAAUUUCUUCUUUUUAUACGAAUGGACGGAAAUAAAACGAUCAAAAUAGA